AUGUGCAACGAUUGCAGUAUGACAACCAGUACCACAACAUCUUCGUCCCCUCCAGCAAGCAUCAAAACCAACAUGGCAGCCAUCCAGACAGCCCCUGUGGUGAACAUCGAGAGCCUCGACAUCAACGCUCUACAUGCUCUCCCAGCAGAAGUCCUCCUCGACAUCAUCCCCCACAUACCUUUCUCAGCACAUGGCCUUCGAUGCCUUUGUCUGACUUGCGCAAGACUUAACACUCUCAUUCGAUCACAUGAGAAUAGUCUCGUAAACGACAUCAAGCACAUCCAGAUCCCGCAGAGUUCACUCCAGCUAUUCCCAAGCUUGAAGACAGACACCUUUGAAGGCUUGAGCAAGCUCCACCAGCGCCUCAGCACCCUUGACGAUCUACAUCAGCAAUGGCUCCAGAUCACAUCGAACGGCCCCGAGCUCGACUGGCUCAAAGGCCGUUGGGAGACCAUCCACAAGACUGGCCUUCUCCUCCUCUACCGCCUCCAAGACAGCGGAAGCUACUGCAACAAAGUCGCCAUGCUGAACGGCCUACCCGCCACAAGUCUCGCCUGUCUCCUCUUCAAACUGAUAUCCAGCAUUAAAAUCCUGCGAAUCUACGGUCCGAAUCCCAUCAACGGCAACUACGCCUCCGGCGACAUUAUGGCCCGCAGCGACAUCGAGCUCGCCUUCGAAGAAAUGCUCCUCCUCCACGGCCCAACCUUCUUCCUCGCCAUGCUGCGCGCCAAAUCCGACCGGGCAAAAACAUGCCAAACCCCCUCCCAAUGGGCCAUCGACGCCCUCGAAUCCGAAGUCGCAGGCAUGGUAGAGCGCCAGAUGCCGAGUCCUGAGGGGAUCCCCAAACCGCCUACCCUGACGAGCUGUAUGCGUAGAGCGUUUGCGGCCAAGUUGGGGUGUCAUGUUGGGCAGAAUGUGGGCAAGAUGUGGGAGGUGUUGAGCGGGACUGCUUUUGACGAGGUGGAUGAGGGGAAGAUGGGGUUGAUAGUGCGUGGGGAGGAGAUUGAGAAGGGGUUGAGGAGGGUGUUUUGGUGA